CGCCCGUGACUUUGAUAUACGGUGCAGUUUCAACUUUUCUACUCGAGAAAUUGUAACAAGUCUUUCCAAGGCUCCGUGACUUCUCAAGGCAGCAGGGUUCCCUCGAGCCUACGACUUGGAUGAACAGAAAAGCUGACAAAGAAUUCUCAGGAGAAAGAUGAUGUCAUUCAGUGAUUGACCCAAGCAUACUCUGAGAAAAAGAACCGUGAGUGCUCCAGAUAGAAGUUGACCGUAUGUCCUUUUGUCCCAGCAAGCUGUAAAAUCUGAAAUCUCGGGGUGAAGAGGAGCUAGGAUAUGCACGAGUUGCGUCAGAAAGGAGCGCUUUCCCGCGCUGAGGACAUCGUUUCCAGGGCCUUUUCGGUAUUGUUUUCAAAAUGGCGGCUGUACUGCUGGUUCAGAGCUUCAAGUACAGCUAGUGGCUGCUUUUGAAAGCUUGAUAUUUAACAUGAACGGAUCCAAAUCGAAGCCGAUUAACAGAUCAGCAGUUAUUGGAAAAAUGAAAUAUUUUGAUGAUGGGGUACGUUCCCUUUUCAAGCUAGCGACGGAUUCAUGUCAAAAUCUUUAUCAAACAUAUACAGGAGGUGCCCUAGAUCUGCGUGAAAUUCAAACCUAUCCUGAAUGGAAGGUUCAAACGUGUUUCAGGAACUUGAGAAAGCAUCACAGAAAGCGAUCUAGACAGAGGAUAAUAUACAUAUUACCUGUGCGCCCCUUUCCAAAGGUUUUGCGGACGCCAGUUGAGCAUGGAAGUGUCUCCAUUUUCGAGUUGAUUAGGAGGUUUGUGAGUUGCUUCUUUUUCGGAAUGACCGUGGUAUAUCUCGACGAGAUUCCCGUCACAAAGGUGAAUUGUAAACAGAGAUUUCAUCCAGACACUGGGAAACUGCAGUUGUUAGUGACAGAUGUGAUGCAGUACUUGAAAACUAAUCUCCCUGCUGAUGGUUACUGCAUCAUUGGUCUUACCUGGGUGGAUCUUUACCCUGGUGAGGAUUGGAACUUUGUUCUUGGAGAAUCAUCAUGUGAGGAUGGUUGUGCUGUGGUUAGCUUUGGCCAUUUUGAGCCACAGUUCCACCACAAUAGACAUUUAAAUGAUACUACAGGUCAGAAUAUUGCAGGAGGGCAUUGUGACAAAGCUGAUAGAACAGUGCCCCAAGUCCUCUUAGAAGAGAAUGAGUGAAGUGAUGUAAACUUUUACCUGGAAGAUUUUGCAGAAAAAGAAAAUGUCAGUAAGGAGAUGAUUUGGAGACUUUUUAGGGUAUCAAGUCAUGAAAUAUGAAAUGUGUUUGGAAUGGCUCACUUCAUAUUUUGCAUGUGCUAUGAAUGAAAGUAAGUCAGUGCUCCAAGCAGAAAAUCAACCCUUAUUCCUUUGUCCAGUCUGU